AUGGAACAAAUGCGCAAAUUCGGUUUGGGCUAUUGCGACUUGCCCACGAUGCUUUGGAACGUAUCCGUCAUGUUGAGAGUCCUUACACUGAAUAUCGACAAACGAAACACUAACCGUAUUCCAAUUGUGUUUUACAUCAUCACUAUUGUAGUAAUUAUAAGCUACUUAUACGUUUACAUCUUCUCUAUGGUCUGGUACUCAUUUUUCUAUUGUCGAAGAACAAAUAAUAGAUUAUCUGCUAUUAUCGUCUUUUCUCUUGGAGUUGCUAGUGCCAUCGGUGUUUGCAAGCUGUUUUUUAUGUACCUGCAUGAAAACAAAUUAAGAGACGUGGCAGCUGAAUGUCUACUAUGUGAUAGUAUCAUUGUCCCAGGCAGCCGAUUUCAAAAUAAUAUCCUUGGAACAAUGAGAGACGUUAAAAAAAGAGCCAUGAUUUUUUGGAUCGUCAUUAUUUCUAAUGGUGUCGUCUAUUUUUCAAAAGCAUUGAUUACUCCUGGACGCCACUUUCCUGAAGAUGACUUUAUUCUUUACGGCUUAGACCCAAUAUAUGAAAGCCCCAAUUAUGAAAUAGCUUUACUAAUGACUGGUGCUGGAAUAUUUGUUACUGUCUACUUACCAUCUAAUAUAACCGCUUUUCUUAUAAUAAUUACGGGGUAUAUAGAAGCCCAAAUUCUCGCUUUAAGCCAAGAAAUAUUAGACAUCUGGAAUGAUGCUGAAGAACUAAAUAAUAGUGAAAUUUUACUUAAUGAUGAGCAAUUUGAACAUCAAGAAAAAACUAGAACAGCAAAAAUAAAUAAUUUCGUAAGAAAUCGUUUGAAGGAAAUUGUGAAAAUUCAUAUAGUUAAUAUAAAUCUUUUACAUCAAAUAGAAUUAGCAUUUCGUGGAGCAAUCGCAGUAGAAUUCACAUUACUUAUUAUAAGUUUAACAGCAGCACUUCUAGGAGGCUUGGAGAAUACGUACAUGCAAGUACCAUAUGGGUUAAUGCAAGUGGCUGUAGACUGUUUUAUUGGUCAGAGAGUUAUUGAUGCUUGUGUAAACUUUGAAAAAGCUGUAUAUUUUUGCAAAUGGGAAAACUUUGAUAAUGAAAACAUGAAAACGAUUUUCUUGAUAUUACAAAUAUCACAAAAGACUCUGACAAUGUCAGCAGAAAGAGUUCGUGUAGUCAGCCCGCAGAGUGCAUGUGCUGACUCUGAGAAUAAUCUGCUGAGAAGAGCCGACGAGAUUCUCAACGGUGAUGUUUUUCAU